AUGUCGGAAGCAUGUCUUCUUACUUCUCCUUUUCUCCACUCCAAUUCUGGAAUCCAUUCAGAUUCUUUCUACGCUGCGCUUAUUGAUUCUUCCACUCAAAAAGUCCAGCUGAGGCAAAUCCACGCACGUUUACUUGUCCUGGGUUUACAAUUUAGCAGUUUCUUGAUCACCAAGCUCAUUCACGCAAGCUCUUCCUUCGGUGACAUUUGCUUCGCACGCCAAGUGUUCGACGAAUUACCUCGCCCUCAGAUAUUCCCUUGGAACGCCAUAAUCAGAAGCUAUUCAAGAAACAAUUCCUUCCGAGAUGCUCUUCUCAUGUAUUCCAAGAUGCAACUCGCUCGAGUCUCUCCUGAUUCUUUCACUUUCCCUCACCUUCUCAAAGCUUGCAGCGGCUUGCCUGAUCUUCACAUGGGUCGUCUCGUUCACGCUCAGGUCUUCAGGCUUGGGUUUGAAGCUGAUGUGUUUGUUCAGAACGGUCUCAUCGCCUUGUACGCGAAAUGCAGGCGUUUGUGCCGAGCAAGAACUGUGUUUGAAGGAUUGCCGUUGACAGAGAGAACCAUAGUCUCAUGGACGGCUAUGGUUUCAGCUUAUGCUCAGAACGGUGAGCCUCUGGAGGCUCUUGAGAUUUUCAGUCAGAUGAGGAAGAUGGGUGUGAUGCCUGACUGGGUAGCUCUCGUCAGCGUUCUCAAUGCCUUCACAUGCUUGCAGGAUUUGGAGCAAGGGAGAUCUGUUCACGCAUCUGUUGUGAAGAUGGGUCUUGAAACAGAGCCUGACUUGCUCAUCUCUCUCAACACCAUGUAUGCAAAAUGUGGCCAAGUCGCAACCGCCAAGACUCUGUUUGAUAAGAUGAAGUCGCCAAACCUGAUUUUGUGGAACGCCAUGAUAUCAGGCUAUGCUAAAAACGGUUACGCCAAGGAUGCUAUUGAUAUGUUUCAUGAGAUGAUCGAUGAAAAUGUAACACCUGACACCAUCUCCAUCACAUCUGCUAUUUCAGCUUGCGCUCAAGUAGGUUCUCUCGAGCAGGCUCGAUGGAUGGACCAAUACGUGAGCAGGAGCGACCACAGGGAUGAUGUCUUUGUGAGCAGCGCGCUAAUCGAUAUGUUUGGUAAAUGCGGAAGUGUAGAGUGCGCAAGAACAGUUUUUGACAGAACAGAACACAAGGACGUUGUGGUGUGGAGUGCAAUGAUUGUUGGAUAUGGACUGCAUGGGAUGGCAAGAGAAGCGAUCAGUCUCUACCGUGCAAUGGAGCGUGGUGGAGUCAUUCCCAAUGAUGUCACUUUUUUAGGGCUUCUCAUGGCUUGUAACCAUUCAGGCUUGGUCAGAGAAGGCUGGUGGUUCUUCAACCGGAUGGCAGAUCACAAGAUAAACCCGCAGCAGCAGCACUAUGCAUGCGUCAUUGAUCUUCUCGGUCGUGCUGGUCAUCUAGACCAAGCUCAUGAGGUGAUCAGAGGCAUGCCGGUCCAGCCCGGUGUAACUGUUUGGGGAGCGUUGCUAAGCGCGUGCAAGAAGCAUCGCCAAGUGGGACUAGGAGAAUACGCAGCUCAGCAGCUUUUCUCAAUAGACCCAUCCAACACAGGCCACUACGUGCAGCUCUCUAACCUGUAUGCUGCAGCGCGUUUGUGGGACCGUGUGGCAGAGGUAAGAGUGAGAAUGAAGGAGAAAGGAUUGAACAAAGACGUUGGAUGCAGCUGGGUUGAAGUAAGAGGAAAGUUGGAGGCUUUUCGAGUUGGUGACAAGUCACAUCCGAGAUAUGAAGAGAUUGAGAAACAAGUAGAGUGGAUUGAGAAUAAACUCAAGGAGUGUGGAUUUGUGGCGUACAAGGAUGCUUCAUUGCAUGAUCUCAACGAGGAAGAAACUGAGGAGACUCUGUGCAGCCACAGUGAGAGGAUAGCGAUUGCGUAUGGGACUAUAAGUACACCCCAAGGGACAACACUGCGGAUCACAAAGAAUCUGAGGGCUUGUGUGAACUGUCACGCUGCAACAAAGAUCAUCUCGAAACUUGUGAGUAGAGAGAUCAUUGUGAGAGACACUAAUCGAUUCCACCAUUUUAAGGAUGAAGUUUGUUCUUGCGGUGAUUAUUGGUAA